AUGAACCUCGUUCUCGCCGAUACCGAAGAAUUCCGACGCGUGAAGAGAAAGGCCAACAAGCCGUCCGCACCCGGGUCAUCAUCCCAGGUUGUCGAGACUGAAGAAAAGAGGACUCUUGGUCUAACCAUUGUUCGCGGCGCCCACAUUGUCUCCCUUUCCGUCGAGUCUCCUCCCCCAGCCGAUCCCAGUGCUAGACUUGGAAAGAGUGCUCCGAGCGGUAUUCCAUCAACCCUCACAGCUGGACCUGGAGUCGCCAAACCCGCUGGUCGUGGUGCCCCCCCUCCAUCUUUGGCUGGUCCCGCUGCUGGAGUUGGUGGCGGCGCUCCGCCUCCAGGCUUCCCCGGUUUCCCAGGAGCUCCUGGCUUUCCAGGAGCCGGACGAGGUGCUCCUCCACCGGGUUUCCCUGGAGGUUUCGCUCCCCCGCCCGGUAGUUUCCCCGGAAAUGCACAGUUCCCUCCCCCAGGGUUCAACCCACCGGGCGGUGGCCCUCCUGGAUUCAACCCACCUCCACGAAGAUAG